GCCUUGCCGUGGCCUCCCCUCUCUGGGACAGUGGCCACCAUGUUCUCAUGCGUGAAGCCCUAUGAGGACCAGAACUACUCGUCCCUGAAGCGGGCCUGCCUGCGCAAGAAGGUGCUCUUUGAAGACCCCUACUUCCCGGCCACCGAUGACUCACUCUACUAUAGGGGUGCCCCAGGGCCUGCCGUCAGGUGGAAGCGACCCAAGGACAUCUGCGAGGAUCCCCGCCUCUUUGUGGAUGGCAUCAGCUCCCAUGACCUGCACCAAGGCCAGGUGGGCAACUGCUGGUUUGUGGCGGCCUGCUCGUCGCUCGCCUCCCGCGAGUCACUGUGGCAAAAGGUCAUCCCAGACUGGAAGGAGCAGGAGUGGGACCCUGAGAAGCCCGACGCCUAUGCCGGCAUUUUCCACUUCCACUUCUGGCGCUUCGGGGAGUGGGUGGAUGUGGUCAUCGACGACCGGCUACCCACGGUCAACAACCAGCUCAUCUACUGCCACUCCAACUCCCACAAUGAGUUCUGGUGUGCCCUGGUAGAGAAGGCCUAUGCCAAGCUGGCGGGCUGUUACCAGGCUCUGGAUGGAGGCAACACAGCGGACGCACUGGUAGACUUCACAGGUGGCGUCUCUGAACCCAUUGAUCUGACCGAGGGUGACUUUGCCAAUGAUGAAGCCAAGAGGAACCAGCUCUUCGAGCGCGUGUUGAAAGUGCACAGCCGGGGAGGCCUCAUCAGUGCCUCCAUCAAGGCAGUAACAGCAGCCGACAUGGAGGCCCGCCUGGCGUGUGGCCUGGUGAAGGGCCACGCAUAUGCCAUCACUGAUGUGCGCAAGGUACGCCUGGGCCAUGGCCUGCUGUCCUUCUUCAAGUCGGAGAAGCUGGACAUGAUCCGCCUGCGCAACCCUUGGGGCGAGAGAGAGUGGAACGGGCCCUGGAGCGACACCUCAGAGGAGUGGCAGAAAGUGAGCAAGAGUGAACGGGAGAAAAUGGGUGUGACGGUGCAGGAUGAUGGCGAGUUCUGGAUGACAUUCGAGGAUGUGUGCCGAUACUUCACUGAUAUCAUCAAAUGUCGCCUGAUCAACACUUCCUAUCUGAGCAUUCACAAGACGUGGGAGGAGGCCCGGCUGCAUGGUGCCUGGACACAGCAUGAGGAUCCACGGCUGAACCGGAGUGGGGGCUGCAUCAACCACAAGGACACAUUCUUCCAGAACCCACAGUACAUCUUUGAUGUCAGGAAGCCAGAGGAUGAGGUAUUGAUCUGCAUCCAGCAGCGGCCAAAGCGCUCCACCCGCCAGGAAGGCAAGGGCGAGAACUUGGCCAUUGGCUUUGACAUCUACAAGGUGGAAGAGAACCGUCAGUACCGGAUGCACAGCCUGCAGCAUAAGGCUGCCAGCUCCAUUUACAUCAACUCACGCAGUGUCUUCCUACGUACUGACCAGCCUGAGGGCCACUAUGUCAUCAUCCCUACCACGUUUGAUCCAGGCCACAUGGGCGAGUUCCUGCUCCGUGUCUUCACUGAUGUGCCCUCCAACUGCCGGGAGCUGCGCCUAGAUGCACCCCCCCACUCCUGCUGGACCUCCUUGUGUGGCUACCCCCAGUUGGUAACCCAGGUGCAUGUCCUGGGGGCUGCUGGCCUCAAGGAUUCCCCGACAGGGGCUAACUCUUACGUGAUCAUCAAGUGUGAAGGGGACAAAGUCCGCUCGACUGUGCAGAAAGGCACCUCAACGCCUGAAUACGACGUGAAAGGCAUCUUCUACCGCAAGAAGCCGGGCCAGCCCAUCACUAUCCAGAUCUGGAACCACCGAGUCCUGAAAGAUGAGUUUCUGGGCCAGGUGCAAAUGAAGGCUGACCCCGAUGACCUGCAGGCCCUGCACACCCUCCACCUCCGUGAUCGUAACAGCCAGCAGGCCAGUGACUUGCCCGGCACCAUUGCCGUGUGUAUCCUCAGCAGUGCCUCCCUCAUGGCUAUCUGA